CUUCUUUAUGUUGGUUGAAAUUAUGCAGAUCAUAUUAUUUUAGAUGUUUAUAUUGCACCAACACUUCACAUUGAAGCCGUGUUCGGUGUCUGACAUGUAACACUUGUUGGAUUAAUUAUUUAAUUAAUCAAUUAUGGAUUGACAAUAAUCAAUUAUUAUAAAUUAAUGUUAUAAUUUAUAAUAUGGUCUAUUGUAUGUAUGAUUGGACUAUUCUUUUUAAAUGGACCGUGAUGGGUUGGACCAUUUAGCUAAGCUCAAUGGGAGGUCCCUGCUCUCAGCCGUUUAGCUAUUUAAACGUCAUCCCAUCAGACGGUUAAAUUAUUGUGAAUUCUUCUAGUACUACACGGAAUGAGGGUAGUUAUCCCUCUCAUCCUUCUGACAACAGCUAUCCUUCAUGAAUCUAAACAUACAAGGCCUGGGAUGAAUUCUUGUGACAUCAGUGAGGAUGAGACAACAAAGGCACCGUGUGCUUUAUAUCAAAUGCCAAUGUCUGAGGGUCAAAAUAAUUUGCAAACACAUGCCUCUGAAACUGCAUUUGGUGAGAGCUCUGCUGAUGCUUUGAAGUUUGGACUGAAUCAGAAAAAUUCCAGUUCUGAUGUAUUGCCUGAUCGAGGAAUGAAAAAACAUGUUGUUAAGGAAAAGAUGAUGUCAGGAAAGAUCAAUGCUCAAGCAUACGGAAAAAAUAGAAGCAUGAAUGACGUGAAUCAACAUGCUACGGAUUCAAAACCAACGAAGACAAUGAGUUCUAGACAUUCUAGCAGGUUUGGCAACAUUAUCGAAGAUAAAUAUCUGUCUGAAGAGAGAGAUCAGGUUGAGGUCACUUCUGGUGUUUGCUCUUUGGAUGCUGUUGGAGAUUGAUAUUUUUUUGUUUUCUACUUAUGUUUUCUGUCAUAAUUAAAGUGUUGCUUGUUUAUGUAUAAGUGUCAUAAUUAGAUCGUUGCUUAUUUAGUAAGUAAAACAGUCCCUAGGUAAUGAUGUCUAUUGUUGCUAGGUAAUAAUGACUAGUGCUUAAGAGUAGAUUUCGUGCAGAUCUUAUGUUCAGUUUUACAAGCAAGUUUAUGGCUUGGCUCUAUAUAUUUGUAGUGUAUGCUUCAGUUUAAUGUAUCAAAGUAUCUUAGUUUUUUUACUUUGUUCCUAAAA